AUGGGUUACUCUUCUGCAAUUCUCGGUCUGGGUGUGAUAGCCUUGGUUCUGCUAUUUCCACCAUUGGCUUGGCACUCAAAAACUCGUAAUACGCCAGCUAUCAUUUUGAUUAUCUGGCUUGUUAUAAUGGAUAUCAAGUUAAUCGUCGAUGCUGCAAUUUGGGGCGGCUCUGACUUUGCUGAAAAAUGGGCAGGUUACGGUUGGUGUGAUCUGAUGACGAAAUUGCAGGUUGGAGCCAAUGUGGGAUUGUCCUGCUCUGUAGCUAAUAUCGCGUUCAAUUUGCACACGAUUCUGAAAGCAGACAGCGUUCUUCCGGAACCCAAGUCAUGGCGCAAGCUACGAACAGAUUUAAGCUUCAGUCUAAUCACACCAAUCGCAGUUAUGGGGCUAUCUUACUUAGUCCAGGUUUACAGAUUUGGAAUUUUCAGGUACAACGGGUGCCAAAAUCUGCUUGCACCAACAUGGGAAACCGUUGUGGUUUACACUAUGUGGAUGUUCACAUGGUCGUUCGUUGGAUUAGUUUACGCCAUUCUCUUGCUUUACGUUUUUUACCGGAAGCGCAAAGACGUGAGAGACAUUCUUCAUUGUACCAAUAGUGGCUUGAACCUAGCGCGAUUUGCACGGCUUCUCAUGUUCUGCGUCUUGAUCAUUCUGGUUAUGUUCCCCUUCUCAUUCUAUUCAUUCGUGGCUGAGCUCGAAGAACUGAGCGGUGGCUACGAUUUUCAAGCAAUUCACGAUAAAUCGUCAUGGAAUACAGUGGUGCGGCUUGACAUUAAAAAACCACUUUACAGUGUUUGGCUUUACAUCUUGAUGUCCUAUCUAGUCUUUGUCGUCUUCGGGCUAGGUACAGAUGCGCUCGAAAUGUACGCAGAUUGGGCCAGGUGCUUGGGUCUGGGGCCUUUGAUGGACAUUGUUUCGCAACGUUUGAGUGCAAGUGAUCAAAAGCGGACUUCGAAUUUAUCUCACUUUUACCACAGCGACCAAGAGACUUUGAAAAACGGUGGUUGUCCUGGCACCUCCUCUGAUGGCACAAGUGUGAUGAAAUCAGCAAAAGCCUUUUCUGAUGGCGAAUCCUAUGAGUUUGAUGCCACGACUCCUACUUCUCCUUCUCAUUUUAUCAUCGAUUAUGUGCUGCCUCAUGAAAGGGUUCGCAAAGAUAGGUUUCGGGACAAAGGUGGUAGAAUAGAUGACUUGGAAAGCUUAUCGUACAUGGUACAGCCCACAGCGCCAAUAAGUUUCGACGACGAUCUUCCCUUUAACGACUCAUCCGACGCAAAUGUUCAGGCUGGACGGGUGUCGUAUCAUUCAGAUGUUCCGUCCUCUUCUCUCGACUACUGCAGUUCUAAAAAUUUGAUGGAGGACAAAAGCUUGGAAUUCCAGGCAAAGUGA